CUUUUGCUUUUUCACUUUACAGGAAUCUUUGAAAAUCGGACUCGAACGAGAGAAGAAGAGUAAAGAAAAAAUAGUAGAGAGAGUGAAACAAAAGGGAGAGAAGAAGACACUCGACAGGAUAGAUAGAGGAAAGAGAAAAACGAACAAAGAAAAUUCCAACACAGGAGAGAAGGGUCGCAUCAGUUGAAGAGGGUUUUUCAGGGGUUUUGUAUUUGCUUUUCGACACACUCUGUCUCUUGCACACAUUGUCUCUGGACUCUGAUUCUCUCUCGCGCGCUGAGCUUAAGCUUUCGUCAAUUCGUUGUAAGUUUGUAACCGAAGCUCACGAAGAAAACGCAGACCCAAGUUUUAUCGGCAGCUCUUCUGUGAUGAUAUCUCAGCUUACCAAAGGUUGGUUGUAACAUGAACAGAGCUACAACUUGUUGGGUGCGCAUUGUACACCUUCUGUUAUGAAUCUCGAACUCCCCCAACCCCACCGUCUCUCCACCUGCGAUCGUCAUCCCGACCAACCCGUCACCGGUUUCUGCCCCUCAUGUUUAUGCGAACGCCUUGCUUGUUUGGAUCCAGCGACCCGCCGGAAGAGCAACCCCUCCUCCUCCACUUCCACCGCCUUCAAAGCCAUCUUCAAUCGCUCCAGCGUUGUUGGAGACACUAGCACCGCCACUACCAACUACAGUAACAGCAUUCGGAAUAAAGCCUCCUCUUCUUCUUCCUUCUUCCCAGAGCUCCGCCGAAGCAAGUCCUUCUCCGGCCCGAGAGGCGAGGGUUUCUCGGGUGUGUUCGAGCCGCAGAGGAAAUCCUGCGACGUUCGAGUACGGAACACUCUCUGGUCUCUGUUUAGCCUCGACGACGAACGUAAGGCUGAGAGAAAAGAGGUCCGGCGUGACGUUGAGGUCGAAACUAGGACCUUAGGCUUUUCCGGGGUUGGAGGUCCCGUUUUCGAGUCCAGAGAAGAGGAGGAAAAUGAGGAGGAAAUUAAGGUUCUGGAGGAUGCUGCCACCGUUUCUAGCAAUGUGAACGCUGUCGUUGUUGAAGAGAGAGACGAGGAGAUCGAAGAGGAGGACGACGAAGAGGAGGAGGAGGAGGAGGAGGAGGAGGUGGUGGUGGUGGAGGAAGUGGAGGAAGAGAAAGUGAAGAAGAUGAAGGAUCACAUAGAUCUCGAUUCGCACAGUAAGAAGCCUCCGGGGAGGGAUUUGAAGGAGAUUGCAGGCAGUUUCUGGUUGGCCGCCUCGGUUUUUAGCAAGAAAUUGCAGAAGUGGAGGAGAAAGCAGAAGAUGAAGAAACGCAGCGAUGGCGACGGUGCCUCGACUACAAUGCGGGCUGAAAAGCCGUCGCGUAGGCAGUUCAGGGAGACGCAGUCGGAAAUCGCAGAUUACGGAUGUGGACGGAGAUCCUGCGAUACUGAUCCGAGGUUCUCCCUUGAUGCCGGUCGGAUGUCUUUUGAUGAUCCGCGAUACUCAUGGGACGAGCCCAGGGCUUCUUGGGAUGGUUAUCUCAUUGGAAGAACGUUUCCACGGCUCCCCCCGAUGCUUUCAGUUGUGGAAGAUGUUCCUGCCCCGGUUAGACGAUUUGAUAAUCAGAUCCCUGUUGAAGAGCCCAUGAAUUCCAUCAAUGAGGACGAGACAAAUCCAGGUGGAUCGGCUCAGACUAGGGAGUACUAUUCUGAUUCAUCCUCCCAGAGACGAAGGAAGAGUCUUGACCGUUCUAGCUCGAUUAGGAAGAUGGAAGCAGCUGUGGUGGCAGAGAUUGAUGAGACAAAGUCCAUUUCCAAUGCCAAAGUGUCCCCUGCUACUAUUGAUUACUUCCAUGGGCCAAAGUUGCUAGUUACAGAUAGAGAUUCUAGGGAUUCAAACUCAAAUUUUCUCAGGGAUGAUUGUUCUGAGAGCUUUGAAUCAGCUUUCAGAGAUAGUGCUUCUGUAGUUGGUGGCGGUGAUCGGAAGGGCUCCAAGAAAUCACGCAGAUGGAAGGCAUGGAACAUUUGGGGUUUGAUUUACAGGCGCAACGGUACCAAAGACGAGGAUGAAGAGACAUACUGCAGGGCAAAUGUGGUUGAACGCUCAUUCUCUGAGUCUUGGCCAGAGCUGCGGAGAGAUGCCAUCGGAGAAGCAAGAGGGGCUUUCAACAGGAAGGUCUUCCGUUGCAACAGCAGUGUUAGCUCGAGGAAUUCCUUUAACAUGGGGGGAUCCUUAAGCAGUACAAGGAAGAGUAAUGCAGAGACCAAUGAGCAGGGCAAGAAGAGAAGAGAGGAGUUUGUCUUAGAGCGCAACCGAAGUGCUAGGUACAGUCCUAACGACCUUGACAAUGGCCUCUUACGGUUCUAUUUAACACCGUUAAGGAGCAGCUGGAGGAGUGGGUCUGGAAAUAGCAGAUCAAAAAACUCUCAUUCUAUUGCCAGGAGCGUACUGCGCUUGUACUAAAUGGAAGGUAAAACUUCUGCAUGUACUUUACAUGAAAUACUGCAUGCCAUUGCAGCAUCAUUUUUCGAGCUGGAUUUCAGAUGUGACAGGCUUUCCACCCAUAAACAGGAUGAUACGUUUGAAGGUCAUUGCCUCCCACAUCCAAAACCAAACCACCAUCAAUAGUAAUAAUGGAUCUGGUUCAGGUUGCUUUCGAGUUUCUUAACUUGAAUGCACCUAGGGCUGUCAAUCUGCCAUCAUUUUCCUUCAAUGAAGUCUAAAAUGCUUUGUUGGUUGGUGUUACCCAAAUUCCUAUAACCUCAUGCUGCAGUAUGAAUUAUGGAGCAAAUACCACACAGGACAAAUGAUUUAGAAUUGAUCCACAAGUAUACAAGUGGCAUUGGCGAUGAUACCUGAUGUCUGGUGCUGGAAAGUGGAAACUACUUAUCACAAGGUAUAACAGGUGAAAAUGGAGAAACCAAGGACAAGGACAGAGUCGCUGUACAACUAACCAAUUAUCUGCUUGUUGAACUUGGAGUAUUGAAUCAUGCUCUAUAUGAUUUUGUGCAUUAAGGGGAGAAGCAACUUUCACCUUCCUCAUGGUGGAACCAUAGCAAGAUUCUGAUCUGGUCAGCCCUGGUACUUAAUCUGGCUGGACAGAUAAGGGCGCAGAUGAGAUAGGUGGGGUUAAUGUGGAACUUGCCAACUUGGUGAAUCUUCACUUCAAUACAAGUGUCAAUUCAACAUCUAAGCUUAGCUCCCAAAAUCUGAUAGGUGAUUUUAUCAGAAAUAUCAACAAAAUUUCUCUCAGACUGAUUUGUUCCAGACUAGAUGCAACGGUCUGCUCCCUGUAAUUAAAUAAUGGUCCGUGAAUUCCGUGGUCUUCUUCUCAAGCCUAUUGUUGCUUACAAAAUGGUGUAUUAACUUCAUCUAUUUAAUGGGAAAAGGUAUAUACUAUGACCAGAAAUGAAUGAUACAUUGAUACAUCAGUGAAGAAGAUUGGGUAGUUUUCCACAACACUGUUAUGGGGGCCUGGACUUGAUAUCAUUGUAAAUCAGCACAUGACCAAGGGAUGAAUUUGUGGGUCUAUUGAGAUAUCCAGGGUCUUUUUUGAAGGCUCCAGGGUCUUUAGUUUCAACUUUCAACUUGCAUUCUGUUCUGUAGUGCUGGUGUCUCCUGGUUUUGUCGAGCACUGAUGUUGAAAUUUCUGAAUGGCCAUUUGAUAGGGCACUCUCUGAGUUAGACAACAACCAUACGACCUUCUGUAGAAUUGUUCUUAGCCCACUGUUCUGUACUUCUGUUCAAUUUCCUUGUUUUUUCUUUCCAUUGUAAAGAGGAAUUUCAUUUUGAGUAAAGGAAACACUAUUAUUAAUUA